CGCAUCUUCCCUGCUGAUAACCCUUAGCCCCAAACAAAUUACCCAAAAUCAAAAAAUCGCAGAGAUUGUGAGAUCGGCUAUCUCUUUCUCCUUCUCCUCUCUUCCCUCUCCUCUCCUCCCCUCUCCUCUCCUCUCCAUCUUGACCGGCUAACAUCCCUCUCAUCUCCUCCCUCUCCAUCCCUUUAUCAGCCUCUUUAUCUGGGUUCUGUAAUUUAUUUUUCUUUAAUUUUCACUACUCCCUCUCUCUCUCUCUCUCUCUCUCUCUCUCUCUCUCUCUCUCUCUCUCGAACUCCCCCUCUUUUUCUCUGCCCUCUCAAGUUUCUCUCCUCUCAAACUCCAUCUCCGCCUUGCUCUCUCUCUCUCUCUCUCGCUCUCGCUCUCUCGAACUUCAUACCUAUGUGUUGGUCCUCCCGCCGUUCUCUCAGUUGGAAACGCCCAAAAUCCCCCUAUUUCUAGAACACCCAAACCCUAAGAUCUGAGAUCUAUUUGAAAUGGGUUUGAUUUUCUGGUUUCCGCAUAUGGGCUCCUCUCUCUGUGAGCAGUAAUAGGUGGAAUGCAUUACCUGUUGAACCGCGAGAUGGAAUGAAAAAUUAUAUCUCUGACGUCAUUGUUCAGCAAUCAAGUAAUGAGGCCUCUUUUCGAAUGGAGAGACUGUAUGUCAACAAACUCAAUAUUAUAUUGGUUCAGAUUUUGAAGCAUGAUUGGCCUGCUAGAUGGCGAAGCUUUAUACCGGAUCUCGUUUCAGCAGCUAAAACUAGUGAAACAAUUUGUGAGAAUUGUAUGGCCAUAUUGAAACUUCUAAGUGAAGAGGUUUUUGACUUCUCAAGGGGGGAAAUGACUCAGCUGAAGAUUAAAGAGCUUAAACAAUCAUUGAACAGGUAUUCCAACUAGCAGCCCAUCCACCCUUCCCAGCAACUCAAAUGGGUUGGGGUAAAGAAUUAGGCCAAGUACAAGACUAAUAUACUAUUUUGGAGUCUAUUUAUUUGGCUACUUGAAUUUGUAAUAUUUUCAUUCUAUCUGGAGAUGGUUAUUUUUUAUACAUAAUGACUUGAGAUUUUAAAUUUAUAAUUAUUGGUUCUGUCAAGUGAAUGUAUUGAACAAUAUAUACUUUCAAUUACAUGUUUAUGUUGGCUUUUUGAAAGAA